AUGAUCCAAAUAACCUCGGUUAUUCUCAUCCUAAUUGCUCUCUAUCUCCAUAAGAAUUUGCUUUUUGAGGUUAAUUCAACAAAUUUUGGAUUGUUAGAGCAGGGAUGUGAUAUGUUUAAUGGAACUUGGGUUCCAUAUUCUAAUGGACCUUAUUACACAAACGAAACUGAGUGUCUGAUCGAUGAUCGACAAAACUGUAUGAAGUUUGGAAGACUGGACACCGAGUUCUUGAAAUGGAGGUGGAAGCCAGAUGACUGUGAGCUACCCGUGUUUGAUGGAGCUGAGUUCUUGGAGACUGUCAGAGGGAAGUCUAUGGCAUUUAUUGGGGACUCACUUAGCAGAAAUCAAAUCCAAUCACUUGUGUGCCUUUUAGCUUCUGUGGCUCGUCCUGUGAAUGUAUCAAAUGUACAAGACAUAAGGUACAAACAGUGGCUCUACUUGGAAUACAAUUUCACACUAUCAAUCCUAUGGACCACUCACUUGGUUAGAGCCUCAGAUUUCGACCCAACUGGUCACUCCCACAAGUCCCCCAUGAAUCUCCACUUAGACCAGGUUGACUUAGCCUGGGCUUCUCACAUUCAAGAUUAUGAUUAUCUCAUAAUCUCAGUUGGACAAUGGUUUUCGAUUCCACUAAUCUACUAUCACAAUAACCAAGUCAUUGGGUGUCACAAAUGCAAUAUCAAAAACGUCACAAAAAUGUCUCAAUACUAUGGAUUUAGGAUGGCUCAUCAAACGGCCUUCAAAACUCUUCUGAAUCGCCCAAAGGGAACAAUGGGGAUAGUUUUUCUGAGGACGAUCUCUCCGGCCCACUUUGAGAAUGGGGAGUGGAAUACUGGAGGGUAUUGCGUGAGGACGAGGCCGUUUAGAAGGAGAGAAAAGAAGGUGGAGGGGUAUAUUAGGGAAUUUUAUGAGGCUCAAAUAGGGGAGUUUUGGGAGGCAAAGAGGGAAGGUAGAGAAAGGGGUUUGAAAUUUAGGUUGUUGGAUACUACAGAGGCGAUGGCGAUGAGGCCAGAUGGCCACCCAAACUAUAACGGGCAAUCGCCACGUGGGAAUGUGUCAGUGGCUGAUUGUGUGCACUGGUGCUUGCCGGGUCCGAUCGACACGUGGAAUGAGUUGUUGCUACAAAUGUUAAAGAGGGAAAGUGCUGAAUCAAGCGUUUCAAAGCUUCUGUAA